GUUCCGGCCGUGUACAGACUGCACGUGAAGCUCGGCGCUAAGCGUCUGCAAAUUCUUAUUUUCUCGUAUUUCGGUCAACGCUUUUCAACAUGCAUCUAACACAUGGGCUGGAGCUUUUCCCCGACCGCAGAGUGACUCAAAUGCUUUUCAAAGAAGUCAAAAAUGCAGCAGAGUUGAGAAAAAGUGCCAUGGAGGGUAAGAUCAACGCAGCCUUGAUCAAUCCUACAAUGCUGGUGGAUACUUUCCAAGUGCUGGUAGCUGCCAAUAAAGCUGUGCAUUUACAGACCAUCGGAAAAAUGAAAACGAGAAGUCUGUACUCAGAGAUAAUCUUCAACCUUUCACCUACUAAUAACAUCUCAGAGGCCUUUAAAAGGUUCGGGAUCUCUGACGGCGAUGACUCUGUCAUGGUGGUUUUGGUGCACAGUGAGGACGAGGAGCAGCUUCUCUCAGACAUCACAGACCGCGUGGACGGACGGCAGGUUCCUGCCCAAGACGUGUCCUCGUUGUCAGACCACGCAAAGAUCAAAAAGCUGUACAAAGUGACUCCUCAGGAGGAGAAGUGUAAGAGUCUGAUUGACGCGGUCGUUUGCAGGAUGGCCACCAAGGACGUCAUGUAGCUUCACCGGGAUACGGCACCAGAACUGUUCUAAUGGAGAAGUUGUAUUUUUGUUAUACGAGAUGUUAAAAUUGUAUUUUCUGCCACAGCUAUGUUUUGUCGCCCGUCAUUUGCUCAACACAAAUUCAAAUCUGAACGUAACAGCCACACUUUAUGUACAGACCAAAAUAAAUGAGUUUUUCCA